AUGUGCAAAAAUCAUUUUCAGCGAGGUGAGGAAAACGAAGAACAAAUGAUAAAGGCAACAUUAUCUGGAUCAAUGCCGAACAUUCGCGAUGUUCAGGAUAGUGGGAACCGUUCUGCAGAUCGAAGUAACUUAAUGAAUGAUAGUAUUAGUAGUGGAAGUAGCAAAGCUGAAGGGCAUCCAGUAAUGAAGUCAAAGGGAAGCGAAGAAAAAGCAACAAGAAAAUCACAUGCUGAGGCUCAUCUUAUCAAUAUGGGUCAAAGUUCAACAUUUCCACGACGUAUUGUAUUGAAGAAGCAAGAAACGACACCGAAAAAAGAAGCUGAAGCGAGCAUAAAAAUGCUACCACUUACCACUUUGAGUCCAUUAUUUCCACGAAGCACUGUAUCGAUGAAACAAGAAAGCACACCAAAAACCGAAGUGGAAAAGAAACAAACGAAAUCCGAAAUGCAAGAGAAACCUGCGGUAAAGGAAUGCGCAAAUUGUCAUAUCAUGCAUACUCAGUUAUCAGAUGUUAAUGCAAAGAUAAAAGAAUAUGAAGCAAAACUUAAGAAGAAAAGCUCUGCAACAAAAACACGUGCAUCUGAAAGUUUUCACGCUGAAGGUGAUGUUGGCAAAUCGCAAGAAGUUGCAAGCACUGUUGAGUUCGCUGACAGCAGUGAAGAAGUCAACCAAUGGAAGGCUCAUUGUGCAGAACUCACAUCGAAAUUGAAAAUUCUUCAGACCGAGAUGAUGCAGCAAAUGUCUACCUAUCAAUUAAAAAUGGAUGAAGCUUUGAAUGAGCGUGAAGUUGUACUGGCAAAACUAACAAAAGCUCGGGAAAAAGUUAGUUCUUUGGAAAUGGCAUUGGAACAUCAAAAAGAAAGAAAUAUUGCACUAUCAAAUGUCAUACAGGAUAUGGAAUUGAAAUCAAUAGAAAAACUGGAAAAACAAAAGGAAGAAUUGAUGCAUACAGCAGGGGCGGAAUUCGCAGAGACAGACAAAUUAUAUCGUUCCAGCCAGAAUAAGAUUACGGCACUUGAAGCAAUGCUUAAAAAGGCUAAUUGUGAUAAUGAGGAAUUGCGUCGCCGCCUUGAUUCAACCACCGAUGAUCUCAAAAAUGUGAAAUUCGGUGGAAUGGAACCGGAAGAAUUAGAUCGUCGGCUAGAGAAAAAAUUAAAUUCACUCAUGGAAAAGUUUAAAGCGGAAGCGCAGAAUCCAGAUCUUGCAUGGGUGGGAGAGGAAAAUGUACGAAAUAUUAUGGAUGGUUUCGAAGUGAUAGUUAAAGUCAUCCUCGAGAAAGAGCCUCAUCUUGAGCAGCUGGCUGAACAACUUGCAGCUGUUAUGGAAAUAAAGAAAGGAGGAGAGAGUGAACCGGUAGAACCAUCAGAUAUUGGUAAAGAAGGUAAUGUAGAAGAGAAAGCUUUCAAGGACUUCAAAACAGAAAUGAGCGCGGAAAUUGAAGCAAUAAUGGAGAAGUAUCAUGUCAAACAAACGAACGAUCUUUCUGAAAGUGUAUGCAAAAUUAUGGAUUAUUUGGGACGUACGGAACAGAAAGUCGAUGCUAGUGUAGUGAAGCGUAUUGAUGAAUUGAACGAUUUGCUUCUUGUUAUUGACAGUAAACAGAAUGAUCUUCAAGCAACCGAAGAAAGGAUGAAUGGUAAGCUAGAAAAUCUUUCUGAAACAGUUGAAGAUAUCGGAAAUAGAGCGAAUUUCGUAAACGAAGGUCGAUUGACGGAAUUUUGGCGAGAAAGACACAGUAUUAAAGCGGCAUUAUCCUAUGUUGAACAACUUGGCGGUGAUCAAAUGAAGCUUGAAAACAGAUUACGCAAUAUGGAAAUGCAAUAUGCAAGACUUGAAGAAGAAAUACGUAACGAAUCUAUACGACCAAUGGCUUACAUACGUGAAACAUCUGACAAACGACAUGACACAUCUCGUAAAGUAGGCGAUUACAGUGAUAUGAUGGAAUGGCCACCUGCAGGACGAUAUUGGGGUUCGACAGGUUACAAGAAGGAGGAUGAAAACAGAGGUCAACGCAGAACUGCUCAUCAUGGAGCGGGAAAAGAAAUUCCGACAGAAGGAUAUAAACCAGGAGCAAGUGAACGCAAAACAAAAAGUCCCAAAAAAUUAUCUGAAGUGAAAUUCCCAAGAUGCUAUCCUAGUUGA